CACCUGGACCCAGUGCCCCUCGCCUGGCCCAGCGACCAGACCAAUCCUCUCCUGGGUGGGAAUGGAAAAGAGGACAGCAGGCUAAGAAGCCCCAGAGCACCUGCUCCCCGCCCCUGGCCAGAACGCAGCAGCGCAGCUGGGCCCACCCCUGGCCGCUUUCUAGUAGACACCUUGGGUGCAGACCCCUGGCCACGCUGGCACCCCGAGGGCACGUGCGGGUGGACCCCAGACGCGGGACCGGCUGGGGAGAGCCGAAGGCGCGGGGUCUCGAGACACCGACACCCUGACCCACCCCCCCGGGGGGCUCCACCUGUGCCAGGGCGGGAGCGGGGGCGGGAGGAGGAGCAGGUGACGUCACCCGCGGUCCCCGGGUGCCCGCGGCGGCGGCGACAGCCCGGCCGCGUGACCCGCGCGCGCCAAUGGCCCGGCGGUCUCCGGGGCGACGCGGAGGGUCCGCGCUCCACCGCCACCGCGCCCCCGCCCCGCGUCCGCACUGCAGAGAGCGGUGGCGAGCAGGCGCCGGCGCACUGGCCCACGUGCCGCGCCGAGAGAGCGAGAGCCGGAGGCAGAGCCAGCGACAGGGCGAGGGAGCGAGGGGCGACUGACCCCGCCGCCGCUCUGCGCAGCCCGGAGCCCGCGCCGCGGGGCCCGGGACCAGGAAGGACCCCGCCCCAGCCGGAGGCUGUGGAGACCUGGGCGGGCUGCAGUCGUCCCAGGAGUUGGCUGGUAUAUUUAUGUGCAACACAUCCUGAUCACCCCGCCCCCAAAUUAGAAUCUGCUGAAGUUUGGGAACAUGCCGUUGACCCUGUUGCAGGACUGGUGUAGGGGGGAACAUUUGAACACCCAGAGGUCCAUGUUGAUCCUGGGAAUUCCUGAGGACUGUAGUGAGGAUGAAUUUGAAGAGACUCUCCAGGAGGCUCUCAGACAUCUGGGCAGAUUUAGGGUUAUUGGCAGAAUGUUUAGGAGGGAGGAGAAUGCCCAAGCCUUUCUACUGGAGCUCGCACAAGAUUUUGACUAUGCUUUGGUCCCCAGGGAAAUACCAGGAAAGGGGGGACCCUGGGAAGUGAUUGUAAAACCCCGAAACACCGAUGGCGAAUUUCUCAAUAGACUGAACCGCUUCUUAGAGGAGGAGAGGCGGUCUGUGUCAGACAUGAACAGAGUCCUUGGGUCCUGCACUAAUUGUUCAGCUCCCAGAUUGGCUAUAUCACCAGAUUUCUGGACCUGGGCCCAGACCCUGGGGGCAGCAGUGCAACCUCUACUAGAACAAAUGCUGUACCGAGAACUAAGAGUGUUUUCUGGGAACACCAUAUCUAUCCCAGGGGCACUGGCCUUUGAUGCUUGGCUUGAGCACACCACCGAGAUGCUACAGAUGUGGCAGGUGCCUGAGGGGGAAAAGAGGCGGAGGCUGAUGGAAUGCUUGAGGGGCCCUGCUCUCCAGGUGGUCAGUGUGCUACGUGCCAACAAUGCUGCCAUCACGGUGGAGGAGUGCCUAGCAGCCCUGCAGCAGGUGUUUGGACCUGUGGAAAGCAGAAAAAUUGCCCAGGUGAAAUUUUGUAAGGCCUAUCAGGAGCCAGGAGAGAAAGUCUCUAGUUUUGUGGUGCGGUUGGAACCCCUGCUCCAAAAAGCUGUAGAGAAAAAUGCAGUAUCCCGAAGGAAUGUGAAUCAGACUCGCCUGAAACGCAUCUUAGGUGGGGCCACCCUUCCUGACAAACUUCGAGAGAAGCUUAAGCUGAUGAAACAGCGAAGGAAGCCGCCUGGUUUCCUAGCCCUGGUAAAGCUCCUGCGUGAGGAGGAGGAGUGGGAGGCCACCAUAGGUCCAGAGAGGGAGAGCCUGGAAGGCUUGGAAAUAGACCCAAGGCCAUCUGCCAGAGUCAGUGGGGUCAGGGAAGCACUUGUCCCUGCCCUUGGCAAUACUCUUGAGGCAAGGCCUUCCCAGGGUUCCCGACGCUGGAGGGGCAGAGGCCAACACCGGAGAGGGGGUGUGAUGAGGGCUGGCUCUAGAGGAUCAAGAAAACGGAAACACCACACCUUCUGUUAUGGCUGUGGGGAAGACGGCCACAUCAGGGCGCAGUGUUUCAACCCUCCCAAUCUGCCCCUGGUGAAGCAGAAGAGACAGGCUGCAAUUGAUUUGGGAAACGGGAGCGGGGCUUGGGACAAGAGCCAUCCCAAGUCCAAGGCCAAGUAGGCUCUGGAGAACAGGGCAACAAUUCUUAUCACAGGCCUAGGAGACAAACGACAUAUUGGAAGAAUGGGCAGGGGCAGCUCAGACAAACAGCAGGGGACUUCAGUAGGGAAAAAGGACAGAGCAAUCAAACCCAGUCUGAACCCUGUCACCCUACUCCAGUGGGAAGGGACUCCAAGAACCAAAGUCAGACUUCAUGCAGUUCAGUAAGUGCCCAAUACAGGAUUGUCAAGGGGUGCCACAAACCCCCACCCUGCACAUGGGAGUCCCAAGUCUCCUGCAGAGACCCCAGCGAAGCAGAGUGUGAAGAUGGUGAGACCGGGCACUCUGGCCUGGCUGUCUGCACUGCCAUCUGGCCACCUCUAAGUUCCCACACUAUGGACUCAGAGCUCACCAUGCCCAGCAGACACCAGGACACACGGAGCAUGGAGGAGCCUGCCCCAGGGCCAUCCCUGUCAGAAGGAGCAGGAGCCCCUGAGCAAGAGCUGCAAGAGAGAGAAGUAAUGCUCCGCAGGGGAGGCCGCACAGUCCAGCCUGUCUUCAGGAUCAUCUACACUGCCCUAGGGGAGCCCCAGGAAGGCAGUACCCUUGAACCCCUGCGCCCCUAAAGGCCGGGUCUCUGGACCCAAAAGCCCUGGGUGCCCAGCACCAGCCCAGAGGCAGUUUCCUCCCCUGCAGCCUGACGGGGCUGUGUGGGCAAGGACAUUAAAAACUGAGAAGACCCCCUCAUGGGGACAUUGGCCCCCAGUAGGUCAGUGUCCCAGAGCUGUCUUGGGAGUGAGUGGGUGUGGAAGGCAGCUUUUGUUCCAAACAGGAGCAGGUAGGAGGAGUGGGAGGAGAUGAGGGAGGACUUGGAGGGGGGCAGUUUGUUCUGUUUCGUUUGUGCAGGACCACUGGAGAACUGGAGAGAGCAAGCAGAGAGAACUGGGGCCUGGCAUGGCAAAUCACUACUCAAGAGCUGUCAACACCAGGGUCAAACCAAACCCUGCCAGACUAGGACUGCAGGCCCAGAGGCACCCCUGAGUGGCCCGACCCGGCCUAGAUGGGGGCCUGAAGAUGCCUGCCACCUGCACUGGACUGGGAGACACUGGGGGAAAGAGUUCAUCUCAAGGGUGCCAGCUGCCUGGCUCCCCCAACAGGCGACACCCCACCCUGAUUCACUGUCCCCAGGACAGGCUGCUCCCUGUCCCGGGAAGCCCACCUCAUCCGUAGGCCCCAUAGUGACCCACGUGUCCAACGCCCGCCCCCACACCAGCCAUCGUUCCUGUGCAAAGCCGUGAGGUGUGUGUCAAGCCCGGGCGGAGGUCCCUGCCCUCGCCGCCGGCCAGCUCCAGGCCCGGGCUCGUGCCGUGAGCUUCUGGGCGAGCCAAGGCCCUGCUCGCUCCUGUCCAGUGUCGUGAGCUCAACCUCUGCUUUCUCGGUGUAGAUCUAGGCCAGCUGCCUGCCGCUUGUUCCCGUGGAGAUGUGUGUGUGUUCUUAUCUGAGCAGUUCCUCCCAGGAGGCCCUGAGCCCAGUCCCCAAGAGGCGGAGACCCGGACGGCGGGAAGGAUGGACGGCGAGGGCGUGGCUGACGGCCACGGCGUGGUGGUGAUGUGGCGUCGCCUCGGGCAGGAAGCACCGGACCUUGGAUGGAGGGGAAGGGCCGGGCCUGUGCGUGGACGUUCCACCCCUGUUGUCGCUUGUGACUCAGUUUCCUCGGCUUGGGGGUGUUCCCUGUCGUGCUUUGCAGUGUGCCGUGACUGUCCUGUGCCCGCCGUAGGGCAGGGGCCGCCCCACAGCAAGUCAGCCAGCCCCUCAGGGGGUUCCCGGUUGGAAGCCAGUGCUCAUUGCCAGAGGCCAUGGUCCUGGCGAGAGGCAGACCUGGGGCCCUCAGGAAGGGAGAAGGUGGCGGGAGGGCCCCAGCGUGGAGACCAGGGAGGAGGCACCUGUCUGCAGGUGUCCAGGAGGAGGGGGGCCCGGGACCUGUGGCCUCGAGUGGUCGUGAGGAGUCCCUUUAGGUGUUGUCAUCCCCUUCUCUUCAAUGGUUUCUGUACAUGUUUCUCUUCAAUAAAUCUCAUGGAU